AUGGCUAAUGUUCAACGUCAAAUUAUUGAGUUCCUACAAGAGGGAAUAUCCGACAGCUCGCCAAUUCACUGCUUGUUGUUUGCAAUUUACUACACAGCUGUGGUGGCCCUGACAACCGAAGAGUGCAAGAAAGCGCUCGGCUGUGACAGACCAACUUCACUACAAAGUUAUCGAAAGUCAAUCGAGACGGCUCUUGCCCAGGCAGACUACCAGAAAUCAACAGACAUAACCGUCCUACAAGCAUUUACCCUCUAUACUGUUUGCGGCAGGUUUGAUGCACAAGGCCCGGACAGCAAGAGUCUGACCAGAGUUGCCAUUACAAUAGCGUUUGAAAAUGGACUGAACGACGAGAAUUCAAACUCCAAUAUCGCACCAUUCGAAGCUGAAAUGCGACGUCGCCUUUGGUGGCAGAUCUUCAUCCUUGACGUUCGAAUGGCAGAAGAUGACAGGUCCGAGCCGCUCAUCUUGGAGUCACGGUUCCACAACAAAUUUCCAUCAAACCUUAGCGAUACAGAUCUUGACCCUGAUAUGAGUUGCAUCCCCAAAAACCAUCCUGCAAAGAGCGAGAUGUUGUUCAGUCUGGUUAGGCUUGAGGUCAGCUAUUUUACGCGCCUGGUAUCUUUCUCCGAUCAAUUUACCGAAAGAAAUUCAUACCCGACCAUGUCGACCUCAGAAAAAUGUGAAGCAAUUGAUCGGUUUAAAGAGCGGAUGGAGCGAGAAAACCUUUCGCAUUGCGACAUGUCUAUUCCUCUAGAUUUUGUCACUGCCGAGUCCACUCGUUUGAUCCUUGCCAAGCUCAGGCUCGCAGUGAGCAAGCCUCGAAAUAGAGAAAGCCAACAUGUGCUCAUUCAAGACAGCUUUCGUGAAAAUUGCGUGGAGAUUCUUGAGCGAACUAAAGCAAUGCGUCUCCAUGAACGGGGCAAUCUAUGGCUAUGGCUGUUUCAGACCUACAUUGAAUGGGAUAUCUUGACGUAUCUAUUUAUCAGCUUAUCUCUUUCUCCGUUGGGGCACAUGGCGGACGUGGCAUUGGCGGCUGCUGAAGAUAUUUAUCAAUAUUGGAACGGGAUGAGUGACUCUCGCGGAUGUUCACGCUGGACCCGUAUCAAAGAAUUUCAUGCUCAGGCUUUAGUCGCAAGGGAGAUGGCUAUAGCCAACCCUAGCUUGUUCGGGAUAUUACCGAAUGGAACAGAGCCGCUUGAAGACUGUGAAUCGAUGGCGACGGGAACUCACGAAGCCAUUACAUCAACCACCACUCAGCCUGGAGUAUCCGGCCCUAUCCUUUCACCAGAAGUAUGUGUCUCUCCAUUAGUCGGGCGACCAGAGUCAUCGAUGGAGCCUGAACAACGUUUCGCUCAGAUGCAUGGACGCCAGAAUACACAAACAUCUGAAGAGACUUCGGAUAUUCCUAGCUCCGGUACAGCUUGUCAGUGGAGCAAGGCACUCUUUGAAAGCUAUCUUGAAAUCCUUGACUCGGAGCAGGAAGGGGCUAUAUCAUGGUUCUGA